GCUCAAGAUAACGGCGUGACAUCGUCUUCUGUUCUUCGGUUCUCGCGAUUGUCAUCCUCGAUCGACCCAACACCGACUAUCCUCGUCUUCGUCCCUUCGUCCCCCUCCCUCGCCUCGUCUCCAAUGUAGAUCAAUAAAGACGAUCCUCGUUCGAAGAUUUAGUUGCAUCUCUCAUGUCUGCUAGAAAUCGAAGUAAUCUCUGGUUCUCUAAGGUUAACAAGUACCAGGUCGUUGGUUUAUAGUAGUACUAAAAUAUAUUUGUAGUAUUCUAGAAAGAUGGUAACGCCGCGGUGCAGGCGACGUCGGGGAAGGAUGGCUUCAUCACUGAAGCAACUGACAUAAAAAUCGAGUUCAUGAUAUUUUUUUUUCGGACUGGCGUGCUGCGUAGAGGACCUUCAGUCCUGUACCCGUGAAGAAGUGGAGCGGUGGGCUGGAAGAAGUACCAAUCUCUGGUAGAAGUCCAUGGCCAGCAACCGCCUAGUAGCUUGGUAUCAAAGGAGUUACUACAGCUGUGAUCUUUCUUCAAAAGAGCAGUGGUAGUGAAGCAAGCGAGUAGUUCGGCGGAAAAGGACUCGAGAAACAAGUAGAAGUGUAUGAUCGAGGAGGUAUCUAUCAAGACGAAUGCUUGAACCUAGCGGAUUAUAUCGCUUGAAGGAUGACCACUUACAACUAGCAGAGGAAGGAGCUUUCGUAUGAUCACCAGAGUUUUUUCGCUGGUUGACGAGUGCACGACUGCAACUACCACAAGUUUUGCGAAAAAGCUCGAUUCUAGUAGUCCAACUGCGAAUAUAGUGAAGCAUAACAAGGACCACGUUAGGAGUACAACUAACAAUAGGACAAAAGUACGACGAGAGAACAAGAAAUCGAGUAGCACAAAGACCACGACAUUGGUGAAAGACUCAACGUCUACCGAAAUAUAGGGUUUUCACAACCGAUAUUAUACAAUCAGUACUAAGUAGUUGAAGCAGGAGGACUCGAAUUAGGAUACAAUGAUAUCCUUAAACGCGAUAACGAAAGAGCUUGUGCUCGCAUGCCGACAACUGGGGUUGACAGUAUCGGAAUCUCUCUUAAGGAUGGUGGAUCGUUUUCUUUUUCUUUGUGAGGGGACGACACGUCUUCAAGUGGUCAACACAAGAUCAUUAUCCCCAACUACACUUCCCAACUACACAAACACUUCGUCAUCUAAGCAUCCUCUUGUCGUCUUCAAGUCUUGAACACGAGCCUCAAUUAUAGUUGUUUGAACACUCUCGGUUGUUUCUUGAUCACUCAGAUGUGAUGCCUUAUCUGAUGAAGUGUGCUAUUCCGGUUCUAUUUCGUGCUCUUGUUUUAGUUGUCUUCUGCACCCUCUAAUCCCUGCAGCACUAGUAGCUCGUACUAUCUACAAUGAGGCAACAUCCUCAUUUUACGCGGAAGCGAGGGGUCUGCAGGAAGCAGACGCGAGGGCUGUGGUCGAAGAGAGCGUCAAAAAGCUUUUCAACAACAACAAAACCAAUCCAGGAAUGGAGACGCUUACUUUGCAGGCGGGGUACUAUUUUUACACUGUCGUUUGAGUGAUCAUUUAGGUCCAGCGGCGCUCAAAGCACUAAAAUAGAACAACCGCUCAGUUUGUACCUCUAUGGGCUUAGUCCUUCAAACAAUAAAUAUAAUAAGUUCGUUAAUACUGUGAUGAACUACCAAGCUAGCAGCAUGAAAGACUGUCUAAAAAUCCAUUAGCUUGACACCAGGUAAGAAAGACUCUUCUCAAACCCCACCCUUGAAGAAGUCAGAUGUAUGUACCCCUUGAAUGGGUUUACUACUACUACUACUACUACCUAGGUACGAAACGGCGCUUGUUGAUGGGGAACUUCGAGUUACAAAUAUAGCCAGAGAAGAGUCCGAUUUCGAGACGAGGAGGAUGAACUUCAUCAUCAAUCAAGGCUACUCGAUGUCAGUCCAUCUCAAUUUAUGAUUUGUUAAGUAGACUUCGGGGGUAAGUUGUUGAAAGUAGACUUCGUGGGUAAGAACUUUUAUGUUUGCAACUUUACUAUCAGUGUUUUAUGUUUGCAACUUUACUAUCAGUGACAACUGAGGGAGUACAACUAAAAGAAUGUAUCAUCUACUUUACCCUCUAAGAAGUAAGCUGCUUUACCCCCGAAGUGCGGUAGUACUAUUUAGCAGGUGAAGCUCCUGCUUCCAUUCUAGCUGAAAAUAAUUUUCUUCAAAGUCAACAACAAGGAUCUACGACAACAACCAUCAACCUCUUUCAUGCUGUUUCGAGCAGGCAUCGCUAGUUUGGAACAAGAUUUUGGAGCUUGUCGUGCGGAGGUGUAGGGUUCCCUCGAUACGGGGAUUCAAGGAACACAAUCCGGAAUUUCUGGAAAAAGAAAUGUCUCAGAUUUUAGAAUCUGUGCUACCACGUGUAGGACUUCAGCGAUUCCUGGCGCUUCCUGGCAGUGAGAAAAGUUAAGGGCUGGGGCGGGAGCCUAUCUAAAUCUAAAUCUACUGUCAGAAGUUUUCGAUUUUCCAGUCGUGGUAUGAAUAAAUCAAUGAAAUAGGAAUUGAUAUAACAUCAAAACACAGUACUUAUGUAAUUAAUGUUGCGGCUAUUGUUCUCAUCUAAAAUUUGCAGCAGCUCGAGGAACUUCUUAGGAUUUGCCACGGCAUUCGCACGCUGAAUAUAAAACUAUCAGGAGGAGGUACUCCCUUUUGAACACUCAUUUUUUUGAAAAAGCCAUCAGGUUGAGUAGCAUCUGCUUACUUCGUACUGACUUUACUUCCACAUGGUUGAUAUAACAACAUGCACUUGUUGCACAACAACUACGUUCACUAUGACAUGUAGUGACGUGGUAAGAAAAUAUGUCGUCACUCAGUAACAUAUUAAAUGAAUCCACCCUUGUCUUCAUCUUCCAAUUUUACCAAAGAACAUAACCUCAGUGUACUCGUAUGUCCACCGCUACCUCUACCAAACUCAAAAAAAAUACAGUGCCUCUACUCUUGGAUAGUUGUUGGAGCGGAAGGGAACUGGAUAAGGUCCUAGAGGAAAUCCAAACCGAAGUGGCAGACUGCAGUGAGAGGUGUCGCACCUUCGAACUAGCCGCUGGACGGGGAUUCAAAAUAAAUUAUGAUGUGGUGUAUCUCUCCUCUCUCUUACCUGCUAACAUGGAUAUUUCCCGCUACUGCUAUUUAUGUUACACACCAAUUUUUUGUGUCUCUUGCAGUAGGUGGCACAUUGUCGUUCGAACGAGAUUCUGUCAUUGGAUAAAUCUGUAGAUAUUUGUGCAUACAUAACCCAAUAUGUAGUUCUUUAUUACAUAUCUCCCUCUAAUUCCCAGAAGAGCUGUUGCAUCACCGCCAGCGACUCGCGUACUGGCAGAGCCUCGCUGAUGAAUUCCAUGGGUUAAAAUCGCGGUUAGGAGAACACAGAAGUAAUGCAGAGGCACUCGUAGCAGACCUCACUUCCAAAAUACAGGCGCAACAAGGUAUAUAAGAAAACUAAGUAUAAUGUUUCAUCACUUCCAAGACUAACAUAGAGUAGUUCGACGGAAGCUCGUACCUCCUCCUAUUUAAGUUUGUAACAUUCAUGAGAAAGAUCUCUCCUCGUAUUGUGUUGUACUAGACAGGCGCAAGAACGUCUCGGCAACACCAUUUAAUCUCUACACACCUUUUAAUCUCACUCUCAGGACAUCUCUCUGUAUACUGCUUAGCACUUAUGUACUCUCAGGACAUCUCUCUAUACGCCUUAUGUACUCUCUCUAUAUACUGCUUAGCAUUCACUCUCUAGAUACCUCAAGAUUAGGUAAAUGAAUCAAUCACUCUCAGGGACACUACCAAAAGAGGAGGUUUAUCCUUUGUUCGACUCACUGGGGAAACUAGUGUCCACGGCAACGUUGGAUCAGCACUUAGCGUCAGCGAAACUGGAGCUGCGGGAUUACUUGCUGAAAGGACCGUAUCAUCUCAAUCGUUUGAUGACUUUUUUGCUGAUGUUUUUGCUGCACGACAGAAUUUCCAUGACGAGUACACGAAUCUGAUGUUCAUUCUGAUUCUGAGGAGUGUACUGAGGAGUGUAAUGUACUUCUACUGCAAUCUAAUGAAGAUGCAGAUGCUCUGAUUAUCAAGAACCAAAUAUCAUCUAACUAGGAUAUUCAUAUGACCUUCUACCUCAAUUUUUAGGUAUGUGCCAGCAUUACCGAAGGACAUAUAUGACGCAUUGAAGACGAAGAAAAAUGGUACGGAGAAGAAGGACACAUUGGAGAGGGUGGCGAAGGAGAUAUCGGAAUUUAUAGUAGAGGUACAUGGACCUAUUGCUGCCACGGGAGACGCUGCCGCCUUGAGCGAUCAUCCUAGCUAUCUUUAUGGCAAUGAACUUUUGGAGUUGGUUAGUUAGUUAGUUAGUCUUAGUUUUUUUCCUUUCUACGAUUACUUCAUGUUUAACUCUCUAUUAAUUUCAAGCUGAGGAAGCUUUUUACUUUCUCUCAACGUCUGCUCGAGGAGUAGGAUAUUAAGAUGUUACUACUACAACACCAAAUAGCUGCAGCCUUUCAUUUCCUGCAUCCGGAAACGACAGCGAACUUUUUGCAGUUGCCGCUAGACUUUCAGGGCUUUUGUGUGGCUACUCUGCCCUCCUACCUAACACCGGGUGACCCUAGUCUCGGUGUACUGCAGUACAAAGGCAGAUUUUGUGUCUUCAAGGAUUUAGAGUUAUGAAAGACCCAUGGGGGAAAGAUUCUGAUUGCUGUUUUCAGUCGUGAAACAAGCAAAGAAAUACUUAUGUCCUUUAGAAUUCCUCCUCUGUCCUAUGUACUUAGUAAGGCAGCCAAUGAAAUGAUGGAGAAAUAUUUGCCGUCUCUCUUCUAAGAUCCGGGAUGAAGGAAUUCGUGAAGAAACCUCAAGACGCGUUUUUGAACGUCAGGGAGAUGUGCUACCAGAUGCCGCAGCUCGUCCAGCUCCUGCGAUUACAUGAGGACUUUCCGCAGUCAAGUCUACAUUUAUGAUUCGUGUUGGUUGUAGAUUCCUGGUAUUGUACUAUGUAUCCGAUAUUAAUAAAUUUCUGUGAGAACAAAGAAAUUACUUGUAGUUGAGAAGCUCACUAUAGAAGGAGACUAGACGAGGAACGAGCAUAAGUACAUGCAACAAGGAAAUGAAAGACAUUGGUCAUUAGUUUUUCAUCACUCACCACCAGUGAGAAUAUUCAAGUGAAAAAUAUUCAAAUGAAUUUCUAGGCUCUAACGCAAGCUGUCCUGCAGCAUUAUGGGGAGCAGAGAAAAGAUGAUGGAUCAACUCAGACGCCUUUGCACUUUGUGGAGUCGCACAUAGACCCCAACUAUGAAUGGAAUGAAUGGAAGCUUAGGAAAGACGCGUUGCGAAUGGCAGGUAGUGCACUUGUUUUCUCUCGGAAAGUGAGGAUCCGGAUCUCCAAAAUCCGUUGCGUUACACUUGUGAACAUCAAGCCCCAGCAUGACUUUUCUUCCUCCAAACAACAGAUAUCCGCCGCAAGACCACGGUCUCUACACAGACGAAGGGAAGCACGUUCAGGAGAGAAAACGAGACGCAGACUUGGCUACCCCGCGAUCAGGGUAUCAAUACCGCUGUGGAGAAAGCCACGCAAAGCCAAAAGUGGAAGCGUUUUGUCGGGGGCUUGCGUGGCGAGGGCGCAACGGCGAUGAAAAUUACGAACUUCAAGUUUGAGGUGUAAUUUUUUGAUGUUCUCAGGUGUGGUGUGUUUUUAGUGGGAAGUAAGAGGGACGUAGAAGAGGGAGGACUACUUCCGCUUAUUAUAUACACUUCUUAGGGGAUCAUGUUGUUGUUGUCGUAGAUCAUCUCAACAAAAAUUAUCAAUUUCUUCAAUUUUGUGCAUAGAACGAGAGGACUAUGGGAUAUUAUCGAUAACCAAGAAAACCAUUAAUCUUGUGAAAAGUGCAAAGAAUCUCAAUUACUAGGUGGAUAGUGCAAAUCUCAAUCAAAAAACAAAGUAUAGGACUCAAUAUCUAUGUCUUAUUAAUAGCUCAGAAACAAACUAGCUACUUAUCUCAGAAAUACAGCUUCUAUCUCAGUCUCAAGUUGGAAUGUGGUUAGUCUUAGAAACACCGAAUCGAACGAUUGAACAUGAAUAGGAUGGCUAAGAUACAUUGUAGAAAAAGAAGCAUCCACCAUGAGGACAUGAUCUUUCGAAGUAGUUAGACUGUACUCCCUGACUGUAUGAGUUCCGUUAUCAGUGGUCCAGAUAGGAAAAGUCGCACCAAUAAAUGGAAAAGAAAAUAAGGGUACAAU